AUCAGUUCACAUUAGUUCACUUUGUACCAUCGGGCUUUCAACACCUCCCAAAGCGGUCUUAUUUAUGGUUUGGUGGCUAGCCCAUAAAUGUAAUUAACAGCAACAGAAGCGUCCAGUGCAAAACCAAGUGUGGACGAUAUUGGUCGCGUUUAUAUGCAUUAUUUUUUUUAAUGCAAAAUGGGGGUGGAAUUCGUAUUUGCGUUUCAAUAGCGCUUGUUAGGAAGGGUGUGAAAUGAAGUGAUUAUGUUGAGGGAUGUGCAGCGGAUUACAGUGCUAAUAAUUACCCAAAUUUGGGGUGUAUAAAGUAGUUCAAAGGGCAUGUGAAAAGACCGUAGUGAAGGAAAAAUCAAUGUUUGUUCUACUUGGCUGCGUUAGAAACGGUCAAGUGUAGAGGCUUAGACGAACAUGAAUGAAGUCGGAAAACAGAUUUAAUUCAAUUAGUGAACCGUGAAAAACUGCCUCGUUCGUUGCUUAGAAAACUGAUUUGUUGAUAAGCAGACAAGUGGGCGUCACACUAAAAUGAAACUUCCGGAUUGGAUCAGACGAACUCCGAAGUCUAAUGUUGGUGUCGCUGGCAUUAAAAAAUCGAGCAGUGGUGGAAGUCAUCGAGGCUCACAAGGUCACAAACGGCGAAGCAGUGUAUCUUAACAAGGGAAACGAAAACGGAACUCGUACGUUUCAUCAUCAAUCACGACGAAAAACUUUUAUCCCGUGGAACACUUUCUUAAGUCAAGUCCAGACUUUAACGGCUACUUUAGCCAGCAUGCAAAUACCUUGCCAGCUAACUUACGUGGGUACAACUACGCUAACCAAAUGCACCCACCUCCGAGAGCGCCCGACGGAAGGCUUUACGAAAACAUGUUUGCUACAUCAACCGGCAUGAAACCGACCAACUUCUCUAGACAAACAGUGAGCGGCACGCUGCUGUAUGAAAAUCCUCAACAUCGAAACCACUUUUGCCCCGAUCGUGCGAAGAACGAACAAAGGAAAUUUCACGAGUAUCAGUCAGCGAACAUGGGUGUAAAUCCAAUAUCUACCAUGACGAUAGACCGUAAAUUAACGCCCACUUUUAGAAUGCAUGGUGAUAGCUAUCUGGGUACACUUCCGAGGACAAAUCAAGCAUUUAUGUCACUUGAGGGUCAACAAUUGGACCAACGGAGCUGGUCCUUGUCCAAUAGGCAAAACGCAAAGCACAGCAACAGUCACUAUAACCUUCCAAAAAACGCUUCUAUGGCAGUUGAAGCUCAGUUGAGUCACAAACAGAGACAACUAAUACCAACUGCAGCUACUGGAAUAUGCAGAAAUGAUAGCUUCAGGCGAUACAAGAUACCUUCUCCAGCGGCUAUUUUAGAUAUGAUUAAUGAUAAAUACAUGAAUAGCAGGAGGAAAUCUAAGGGCGAGCGAACAUCAUGGGAUUAUAACACCGUGACAUUGUCCCGGGUGCCGGGGUACGGCUUUGGUAUAGCCGUGUCCGGUGGAAGGGACAAUCCGCAUUUUGCCAACGGUGACCCGUCGAUAGCGGUGAGCGAUGUGCUCAAACAUGGUCCGGCCGAGGGCAACUGCAGUGAAGUCAACGAUCGAAUUAUCUCGGUCAACGGAAUCUCGUUGGAGAACGUCGAGUACGCGACGGCCGUACAAGUGCUGCGGGACAGUGGAAAUACGGUGACGUUGGUAGUAAAGCGUCGCGUCCCAAACCACGCUCUGAUGCAACCCACGGGAAGUAACGCUCUGGCGGGCGGUGUGGGAGUCAAUUCACACCAGCACCAACAUAGUAUCAGCUCAACCGGGCUCGGGCUGGGCGCAUUAGUGAAUAAUGGAUCUCAACAGCAAAUCAAAGUGAUUGUUACAAAAGCGAGCAAAAAAGAUGAUUUCGGCAUCGUUUUAGGAUGUAGGCUAUUUAUUAAGGAAAUUUCGUCAAAGACAAAAGAUCAGCUAGCCGCAAAUGGCUACUCCCUACAGGAAGGUGACCUUGUAACAAGGAUACAUAAUACCAACUGCAAUGAUUCUAUGAGCUUGAAAGAAGCCAAAAAGAUCAUUGACGGGUGCAAAGAACGAUUGACAUUGGCCGUACUACGUGAUUCUACCAAUGCCACGUUGAACGCUGGUCUGGGCAAUGGUACCAGCUCUGGCAUGCAGUCACCCGUGUAUUCCCAUACGGCGCAGGUUUCCAACUGCAGUAAUAUGGAUGAAAAUUAUCUGAAUGGAAGCGGUGGAAUAUACUCUGGUCAAAAUUUGUAUGUGCAGCCACCGACGCGACCAUCCGCCAUGAGUACGUUACUAGUAGACGAUAAAAGCAACCUCACACCACGAGGGAGAUCGAGAGGCCCACUAACAGAUAUUUCUUUACAACAAUUAGACCGACCCAGUACACCUCAGGGAGCGUCGAGUAGCAGAGACGAAGGAGCAGGACUUAAUGGAAGUGGUCACAUACGGUCACGGAGCACCGUAGAUGAACCACCACGACCACCACCUCCACGGGGAGAGGACUUUUACAGCACGCGACGUCCACUGCAUGACGAAAAACCGACUUCGGAGCCACGAUACAUCACAUUCCAGAAAGAGGGUUCCGUCGGCAUCCGGUUAACCGGCGGCAAUGAAGUGGGCAUCUUUGUCACGGCAGUACAACAAAACAGUCCCGCAGCGGCGCAAGGACUCGUCCCUGGUGAUAAAAUAUUGAAAGUUAACGAUAUGGACAUGAACGGAGUUACCAGAGAGGAAGCAGUACUGUUUCUACUCAGUCUACAAGAUCGUAUCGAUCUGAUCGUGCAGUAUUGCAAAGAAGAAUACGACAACAUUACCGCACAGCAGCGAGGAGAUUCAUUCCACAUCAAAACUCAUUUCCACUGCGAAAAUCCAUCGAAAGGAGAACUAUCGUUCAAAGCCGGCGACGUCUUCCGAGUGAUUGAUACAUUGUACAACGGAGUAGUGGGAGCUUGGCAAGUAUUACGUAUUGGCCAUGGUCAUCAGGAGCUGCAACGAGGGGUCAUACCUAACAAAGCACGUGCCGAAGAGUUGGCCACGGCACAGUUCAAUGCAACGAAGAAGGAAAUGAACGCCUCCGAGUCGCGCGUCAGCUUUUUUCGCAGGAAGCGUUCAACGCACCGAAGGUCGAAAUCGUUGUCCAGAGAAAACUGGGACGAUGUCGUAUUUUCUGACUCAAUCUCCAAAUUCCCUGCCUACGAACGAGUUGUUCUGCGACAUCCAGGAUUCGUGCGUCCCGUCGUCCUAUUCGGCCCAGUUUCCGACAUUGCUCGGGAGCGACUAGUAAAGGACUUCUCGGACAAAUAUACGGCCCCGUUGCAAGACGACGACAAGGGAUCCAAGUGUGGCGGAAUAGUGAGACUAUCAAACAUUCGCGAUAUCAUGGAUCGGGGCAAACAUGCCUUACUCGACAUCACACCGAACGCAGUCGAUCGACUCAACUAUGCACAAUUCUAUCCAAUCGUAAUCUUCCUGAAAGCCGACACGAAGCACAGUGUCAAGCAGUUGCGGCAAGGACUUCCAAAAUCCCAGCACAAGAGUAGUAAAAAGCUCUUUGAACAGUGUCAAAAACUUGAGCGCGUUUGGUCGCAUGUGUUCAGCGCAACCAUCAGUCUUAACGAUCCGGAUACGUGGUACCGCAAGUUGAGGGACUUUAUCGACCAGCAGCAAAGUGGAGCCGUUUGGAUGUCCGAGACGAAGCCAGUAGAGUCCUUGUCCGACGAUUUCCUUUUCCCCAUGACCACCUCCCGACUAUCUUAUGCCUCGAGUCCGGAAUCGGACCUGGAACUGAGCCCGGGACCAUCGGCAUCAUUAUCAUUGGGCAACUUACCGCAAUUGGUGAAGUCAAGCUCUGACCCUUCGAUCGCCACUAAUCAGGAUAACUUGGAUAGGGAUAGAGAACUCGGUGAUGGAAUGCCACCACCAUACACGAACCCGUACGACCAUUCCGCACACCCACGGCGAAUGACCGUCGACAACAAGUAUGGUUUCUCAUCAAAGAACAAUAUCGGAGCACCGAUCCCGCCUGACGAGGCGAUAUAUGGCUCUUCGCGACCACCUCCACCGAUUCAACAAAACAACACGAAUCAUUUUGGACCAGUGCCAGAUUUACCUCCUCGCAUAGAUCGUGCAUCGAAGCCAUUGAACACCGUGCCACCCAGCACGCCCGGGUCAUCACUGCCAUCGCGAAACUCCAGCACGGGAGGAACCCUCGGACGGUCAGCCCAGGAACGACUUUUUGGCAACAAAGCGUCAACGGACAAUCUGGACCAGGCGGCCGAUGAUUACGCAACCCGAAGUCAAAUGUUGAACGCAGCAGUGCAGGACAAACGUGGUGCACCCGUUGGCAAUGGAUUGAAUUCUCUUGAACGGACGCAAAACUCGUCUCUCGAUCGGACACGUCCUAAUCAACCUCCGGGACAUCCUACGACACCGAGCAAAGCAAACGGAUCGUACGAUAGCGUGUCCAGCUAUGACUCCUACAACACGUCUCAGCUCACGGCGCAGAAUAUGAGGUUAGGACCCAAUGCGCCCGAUGAUCUUAAAUCGGUGCCGAAUGGACGUGGCGGUACGGCACUAGCUCCAAAUCAGUCAAAUGUUUCGGACUAUAAUCGAACCUCUGGUAACAACGACCUGCUUAUGACUCCACCACGGGGAGGUCAUAUGCACCCAGACAGAAACAACUUCAACGGAACGCAUGAUGCACUCACGCCCAGAAACUCGGGAGAACGCAACACCGGUAUGAACAUUCCUCAGCGUCCCUCAAACCUGGCGCUGGAAAGUCCGAGGAAGCAUAUCAUCGAAACAAAAACGGACUAUGGCAAAUAUAGUCGCAACAAUUCAGCAUCACAAGCCGAUUAUUCCAAGCCAAGCAAGGUACCACCACCAAUGUUGGGGACACCUCCAGCGAACGGAAGCAAUGGAGCGCCAUUCAAACCAGUUCCACCGCCCAAGCCCAAGAACUAUAGACCUCCCAUAGGCGGGGGUGGAUCCAGCGGCAAUGGCCCUAUGAACUCUGGACAGUGGGAAAAUGGGGAACCGAUAUCCCCGCGAUCCCCGAAUGGAUUUUACUACCCGCCAAUGUCGUCCCACUAUCACCAAGGCGUCGCCCACAAUGUGCCAAGUUCGCCGAACAAUAACCAUAUGAACGUCAGCGGUGGACACCCGUCGCAAAUGCAUCCUUAUGGGCAGUACGCUGGGAACGCCUACAACGGAUACAACGGAAACAACAACGGCGGUCAAUCUCACUACAUGGGUAAUUCAGGCCGAGAUAUGGGAAUGGGUCCUAAUAACGGUUAUAACAGUAACGCACAUCAUCCAUACGGCAAUAAUUACAUGCAUAGAGGUAGGGGCCCAAAUCAUGGCAUAGGUAAUAUGCCAAUGCAUCCAUCUGAGCGACAUCCGCUUGAUUUAGCCGGUAGCCGUGAACAACGAGGAUCGGCGUUUGAGUUGUACCGGAAGCCACAACUCGGUACUGCUGGGCACCAUCAUAACAUGCGCGAGAUGGACCAGCCAAUGAUGUCUAUUCAUGAGUUUAAUCAGCACCAACAAAAUUUAAUGUACCAAGAACGACUCCGACAGCAGCAGCAACAACCGCUCCCUCCGAUUCCGGGUUCGUCCGGAUAUGACAUGUACAGCAGAAAUAUACCUCAUCCGGGAUUGCCACCGGAGCUACCAGCAAAACCCCCAAAGAAAAAUAUACUGAAAUCUCCUUUGAAGGCAAUCAAAAACGUAUUCAUAAAGACUACAAGACCCCUCCGAAGACAAGUGAGUAUGGCGGAGGCUGAUAAAAAGUUACGACCGAUCUUAAAACGACAACAUUCAAUGAUGGAACCACGCUCGUCUCGCAUGAUGGAUACUCGCUUCCAGGAAGCGGCCUACGACCCACGGCAGUACUAUGCCCAGCAGCAGUAUUAUGGCGAUCCAAGACAGUCAAUGUCGCCGCCACCCGCACAGCAUUCCAUGAGGGGAGGUUAUCAAAUGCACGAAGCAUAUCAUCCGAAAGAUCCCAACAGUACCUACCAGAACUUGGAGACGGAAUCAAUCUAUGGAAAUUAUGGCGGUGCUGGUGGCUAUUACGACCAAGAGCAAGAAAAUCUCUACGCAAACAGGGCACUCAUCGAGCUGGAACGUUCAAGGCCUGGACUUGCACCGGGUUCAGGAUCCAACACUACCGGUCGAAGAAUUGUUCGUCGACACAGUAUGGCCGAUCGUAGCGCUCCUUCGCCAAGUUUCAACAACAUUAAUCGCCGACGAAUGGGUUCCGAAAGGUAUCAAAUGGAAAUGAACACGUCGGUGAACGACGAAUCCAUCUACCAGAGCAAGAGUGGAUCGUACAUGUACAACGAUUCACGUGAUCCAAAUCGUCGUAUUAUGGAUGAACCGGUGUAUCAGAGCAGAAGAGAGAUGCACAGAGAUCAUCUUUAUCAGAGCAAGAAGCAAAUGCAGGAUCGCAUCCAACAGAGCCGACUGGAGAUGAUUCAAAAUCAGCACCGCGACAGAAGUGAAUCUCCUGGAAGUUCGGGUCGUGUACACGUGGCAACAGAAUCAAGCUCGAGUUCUCCAAACUCUCCCGCAAGCUCUACGUAUUCUACGCGCAAGGAACUAAAGGAAAAGGGUAUCAAACCACGCACUCAACUUCGAGAUCAAAUCUAUCAAUCAAGGCGGGAAGCAAUGGAGUCCAUGGCAGAACCAGACUAUGUCUCAAGAAGGGAACUAAAGCACGAACCAAUUUACGAGUCCAAAAAUGAAAUCGAUGGUGCAUGCUCUCAAGAAUUUAGCAAACUUCAAAUAAACGGAGAAAAAUUUGAUGCGAAACCAGAGGAGAUAUCGGAACAUUCGAAUAUCAAUCCUUCGGAAUCCUGCACGAAUGUGGAGGAUGCUACGCCAACAGCUGAAACGGAAGCCAUUGAUAACCUUUCGAAAGCACCUCUAGCAAUAUCCGAGGACGAUGAUGAGGAAGAAACUCUUACCAAGAUAAACGAAUCGGACUUACAGAAGGCUUCGACUCCUCUCAGUUCCCGUGCGACUCACAUUUCAAACUUCCUGAAACGAACCGGUCCUCCACCUCCGGCCUUUCAACCACCACCACCCCCAAUCACAACCGCACCUCCGGCUUCAGUCGUCAGCCCAAGUGCCGCUGAAGUGUACGCUAGUAGAACCUCCAUCGAAACCCAGUACACCUCUCAGAUGAGCCUUCCUAUAGGGCCUCCAAACGCGCACAGUACUCCGUUUGCCAGUGAAAUGUCUCUGGGAUUGCCUCCGCCGAGACAACCCAUCACACGACGAGGGGUGUUUGACGCUUCCGGUGGAACUCUGGCGGAUCCCAUUUGGAAUGUUUCACUCCAGAUACCACCUGGUGCCAUCCCGGCUGGUAUCAAGCAGGAGAUUUACUUCACCGUUACCGAUCCACGUCUCAGUGAAAGCGUCGGUGGCCCUCCGUUGGAUAUGGAAAACGGUGAAACAAUGCUUUCGCCGCUGGUUAUGUGCGGUCCCCAGGGAACGGAAUUCCUGCAGCCCGUUACGCUAAACAUACCCCAUUGUGCCGGCCGGACAACGUCACUGGGACUUUCGCUGAAGGCAACCGACAGCGAGAAGAAUCUGCAAACCGACUGGGACAACAUCGAGCUUCCUAGUAAUGCAGCUGCGCACACGGUCUCCGUUAAAGUGGAUCACUUCUAGAAUACUUUCGUGGGUACCACUCGUACUCCUUGCUGAAGAUAAAAGGGAGCGGUUUAUGUUUUUGUUCAACUACAACUGUAUAUUACAAAGAAAUAUUUAAUGUGCCUUUAUUUUACACUAUUAUUUUGAAUUUACCAAGCAGAGUUGAAAGUUUCAUUGUACGAUGUCGCUUAACAUGUAACAAUUGCCAUCAGAACAGUAUAAAAUAUAUUAGAAUAUGAUAUAAAUAUUAUUCUAUCAGAGAAAAAAAUCAUUGCCAUCAUGCAUCAAAUGUGUAGAUAAAAAUAAACACUAGUUAUUACUUAGCCAUGAAAAUAUAAACUUUUCAAAACACCAUCAUUUUAUGAUUAUAAAUAUUUGGAUACCAUACCAACUAAUGGAUUCUGUAACAUAUUACACAAAAAAUCAAUGUAAAAUACGUAGCUCGAAAACUGGUAGUGGUUAGUCCUUGCAAAAGAUAAUGUUCAUUGCAAAUGUAAUGAGGAAACUGUAAAUUUAUACUGUAAAACAUGCAUAAAAAGUGUUUAAUAAAGCUAUUUUUAGAAUAAC